GGGGGAGUUGUGGACGCGGGGCGGGGAUGAGUAGUAGCUGGCGUUUAAAGGGCCGGGUCAGCUGGGCCACUGCAGCCCGCGUCUAAUCCUGGGGGCCUGGGUCCCGGCUGCCCAGGAAGAGAUGAUGGCGAACCGACCCGGCACAGUGCUCCUGGGCAGGCCCGGGGGACCGCGGAUGCCCGGGUUCUGGGGAGGAUGUAGAGUUCAGGUAUUUGCCGCGAUCUUACUGCCGCUGUUGUCUCUGGCAGAAUUUGGGGCUGCGAUAAGGAACGACUUCAGUCUGGUUCAGCCGCUGGUGACCAUGGAGCAGCUGCUGUGGGUGAGCGGGAGGCAGAUCGGUUCUGUGCACACCUUCCGAAUCCCGCUCAUCACAACCACUCCUCAGGGCACUCUGCUUGCCUUCGCCGAGGCCAGAAAAAUGUCCACAUCGGAUGAGGGGGCCAAGUUCAUUGCUCUUCGGAGAUCCACUGACCAGGGCAGCACAUGGUCUCCGACAGCUUUCAUCGUAGAUGAUGGGGACACCCCAGAUGGGCUGAACCUGGGGGCAGUGGUGAGCGAUAUGGAGACAGGAGUGGUGUUCCUUUUCUAUUCCCUCUGCGCUCACAAGGCAGGCUGCCAGGUGGCCUCCACCAUGUUGGUGUGGAGCAAAGAUGACGGGGUUUCCUGGAGCCCUCCCCGGAAUCUCUCGUUGGAUAUUGGCACCGAGAUGUUUGCCCCUGGACCGGGCUCUGGCAUCCAGAAGCAGCGGGAGCCGCGGAAGGGCCGCCUCAUCGUGUGUGGCCAUGGGACGCUGGAGCGGGACGGGGUCUUCUGCCUCCUCAGUGAUGAUCACGGUGCCUCGUGGCGCUAUGGCAGUGGGGUCAGCGGCAUCCCCUACGGCCAGCCCAAGCGGGAGAACGACUUCAACCCUGAUGAGUGCCAGCCCUAUGAGCUCCCAGAUGGCUCAGUCGCCAUCAACGCCCGGAACCAGAACAACUACCACUGCCACUGCCGGAUAGUCCUCCGCAGCUACGACGCCUGUGACACAAUACGGCCCCGGGAUGUCACCUUUGACCCUGAGCUUGUGGACCCUGUGGUAGCUGCAGGAGCCAUAGCCACCAGCUCUGGCAUCGUCUUCUUCUCCAAUCCAGCCCAUCCCGAGUUCCGUGUGAACCUGACCCUGCGCUGGAGCUUCAGCAAUGGUACCUCGUGGCGGAAGGAGACGGUCCAGCUGUGGCCAGGCCCCAGCGGCUACUCCUCACUGGCAGCCCUGGAGGGCAGCAUGGGCGGGAAGGACGAGGCCCCCCAGCUCUAUGUCCUGUAUGAGAAAGGCCGGAACCAGUACACAGAGAGCAUCUCCCUGGCCAAAGUCAGUGUCUACGGGACACUCUGAGCUGUACACCUGCCACAGGAGUAGAAGGCCUUGGACUUAGCCUUCGGGGCCAUGGGUCCAUAGAGAUCUGCUAGAGUUGCCUAAAAGACAGUUCUACCUUCCUUUAGACUCUAGCCUUUUGCAAAACCAAGUUCUCUUUGACAGGGAAAUCACUCUGUUAGGACUGCAAGCCUGGCUUCUUCCACACAGGAAGUCCUGCCCUCACUUGAGAGCACUUUCUUUCCAUAUCAUUGCUGGGUUUGGCCCCCUGCCCCUUCUGCCUUCCUGGGGCAAUGAUUGGUCCUUUUCUAGGCAGAGCUAGGCAGGCCUGUAGAAUUGAAUAAAUGCAAACUCAGGGAAUUGGGGAAAGCUGAGCUUCCUCUUUGGGGUAAGAUGCUGGCUAUGGUGUGGGCUGGUGAAAGUUCUGGAAGGGCAGUAUUUGGAUUCAGGGUAAAGAACUAGGUGCACCACCCACCUUGACUAUUUAUAAAUUGAAAUAUUUGUAACUUAACGUUUUCAAUGAAGGAGAAUGAGCAUUUGUCAA